AUGGCCUUGUUGGGGAAACAAUGCUGGAGGUUGUUGGUUAAUGAUACGUCCUUGGUGAGUAAAUUUUUUAAAGCUAAAUACUAUGCCAACGGAACUCUUCUUUCAACUGAAUUGGAUGACAAUCCGAGCUUCAUAUGGAGGAGUAUUUUUGAAGCAAAAGGUUUGAUACAGGCUGGGGCAACCCCUACGAUAGCCUUUUUCAAAAUGAAUUCACGAGAGUGGGAUGAAGAGAUAAUUAAGGAUCUCUUUGAUGAUAGAGAUCAAGAGCUGAUUUUUUCUUUACAAUUGAGUUCUACUGCCAUAUCCGACUAUUGGAGUUGGAGGUUCGAACGAAAGGGGCAUUACUCGGUUAAGAGUGCCUACCAGUUCUUACAAGAAGAAAAAGGAGCUUGGCCUAUUACUGGAGCUACUGGCGUUUGGAAGGAGUUAUGGAGUUUAAAAGUUCACCUCAAAGUCAGCAACUUCUUAUGGAGGGCGGCUUCAGGCUCGUUACCAACUUGUGUCCAAUUGAAAAAAAGACAUGUUCUAGUUAACCCAACAUGCCCCUUGUGUCUCACUACAGCUGAAACUAUUUUUUAUGUGUUAGUUGGGCGUGUUCAUGCUCGUGCCUGCUGGAACAGGACAAUUUUGGAUGUCGGCGGUAAUAUGGAUGAUGAUUUCAUCAAUUUGCUAUUUGAGCUACAAUGCCGAGGAAGAGAAGUCGAGUAG